GAUCUGUUAAAGAUGGCGGCUGAGAUGGCGGAGAGUCUCAAGACUUACUUGUAAAGACUUACGUUCUGCAGAUAACAAUGAAUGACAAUAAGCCGGUGAAUCAAGGAUCCCAAAAACUGAAAUAUAAAAGGAAGCGAGAAGGAGAGGUUUAUACUGGAUCAAAGCAGCUACGUUCUGAAGGUUUUUCUUGGUGGACUUCGUUGCUUCUGGGAACAGACUGCACUCUACAAAGAGACUCUACUCCACCAAGACUGUCUACUGCUGAAUGUGAACUUAAGCAGCCUGAAAAUAGCUUGUGUUCAGAAGAAAACUAGAAUCAAGACUUCCAACUUCCCUUUUGAAAAAGGAGAUUGGUCGGAAAUUAUUAUCAUUUGACGCGACAGUUUCUUGACUCGGAUUUUCGUGUACUGUGACUAAGCUCUGGUAAAACUCUUGCACAGUUUAACUUUAGCAAGAAAGCUAACCACCUUAGUUUAUGAUAGUUUAUGAUAGCGUUUUUUUACCACACGAUGAUUACAAGAAAACCGGUAGUUUAUUUUUGACGUAAAAUAUCAUUUUUAUUGAAAGCACUACAGUGUUUACGAUUAUACAGUGCGUUUGUUACAAUGGCUGCAAAUGGAGAACAUUCAAGUGAGAACAAAAAAGGUAUCUCUGUAAGUCUUCCUGAACCGCCCGAAAAACCACUUGACAGUGACUGCUGUGGUACUGGAUGCAUUCCUUGUGUUUUUGACAUUUAUGAGGAGGAAGUGAAAAAAUGGAAAGUUGAAUGUUACAAAAUAAAAACUGGGAAAAAUAGUGAUGUGCAACGUGGAGAUUGUGAUGAAGCACUUUGUACCUCAGAGUUUCGAUCCUUUGUACUGGAAUCUAUUACUAAACUUACUGGCGAUUCCUGCAUAUACAGGUUUAACAUUCCAGGAAACAAGAAACUUGGGAUAAAGAUUGGACAGCAUCUGAUAAUGAGGUAUGAAAGAAUGAUAGAUUUUCUGCUUGGUAAUUAUUUUCAUAAUAUGAGGUGAUUCUUAAUUUCUGUACAAACCGAUGGUCAUCCGAUAAUAUAGCCAUUUCAGACUUGCCAAGUCUCACCACUUUGUCAUGAGUCUCACGAUUUCACAACCAAUCACACGCCGUCACGAGUUGGCAACUGAUUUCUUACGCAUUCUUGAAAAUUCAAACUCCAAAAUUUUUUUGAAGCUGUAGGGUUCAUUUCCAAGCUAGAUAUCAAUAAAUAGUCAGCUCAAGACAAUACAAGGAAAACCUUUAGUAGUCGCCUUAAUUUGAUUACAUUCUUUUAGCCUACCGCAAGUUGUCCCUGCCACCAACUGCGCAGACUUACUGAUUCUCAUGUUUCAAGAUGGUCGCCAGCAAAACAUAGAAAUUACAAAACCUAAAUUGUAAAAUGGAUCGUUACAUGUAUGUGUACACAGCUCCAGCUUUAAAGUGAUAUGUGACUUCCAAUACCCAUAGCCAGGUGUGUUCCUUUGAGAUGAUCCGGAUCAGGAUCAGUGAUCCGAGAUCACUUGAAUCAUGGUAGAUCAAAUGAACUGAUGAAUCCAUUCUGGACAAGGAUUCAUCGGUUCAUCUGAUCUUCCUUGAUCCAAGUGAUCUCAGAUCAGUGAUCCUGAUCCGGAUCAUCCCAAAGGAAUGCACCCAUAAUCUCUGCUAGAAAUCCUACCACUUGCAAAAUUGGGACAUCUCAUUAUUUUUUACCCAUUUCUCACUACUUUUUCCACCUCUAGGUUCAGAAUCUCUCAUUUUUUGCCUUUUUGGGGUUGGCAGGUCUGCCAUUUGAAGGUUGAAACAUUUACAGAUGUUGUGGCAAAGAUGGCAAUUUCAUUUUCAGCAAGCAGAUAUUUAUUUUACCAGGAUUGAAAGCAUUCUCCAUGUGAAUAUUAAUAUUAUUGUACCGUAGCAUUCACAAUAUUUUACCAGUUGCAUCUCCUUCACUGUACCAUGUUAUUGUGACAUGCAAUUGCUUGCCAAGAAUGAAUCACUGAAAGGGCAAUUUUUAGGAAUCAUGAAUAAUAAUAUUAUUAUUGGCUAUCCAUCCUGUACAAAUGCAAUUAUUGUUUUCUCACAAAAUAGAUUAAACACAUGAAUAAAAAAAUAUAUUAACUGUAUAAUAUAUAGCUUAAUGGCUCCAGGGUAAUCAUUUAAAUUGAAUGCAAACCCAAGGCUGCAUUCUAGCAUUGCCUUUUGGCCUCUGGAGCCUUCCUUUUGUUCUUGGGCAACUAGGUAAUCAUAGUUUUUUCAUAGACAUUGUAUACUGGGUACCAUGGAACCCAAAACAGAAUGCAUUUCAUAUUAUUAAAACCCAAACGUUAUUGAGCCUAAUUCUAAAAUGAUGUUGUAUAAUAUGCAUCUUUUCAUAAAGGAUGUGAUUGCUUUGCUUAAGAAUCAUUUUGUACCUCUACACUGAAUAAAAAUUAACAUUAUUAAAUAAUAUAUUUAUUUAGAGAGAGGUGGGUUGAGGUCACAAUUUCAAACUAGGGCACAGCAUUCAAAGAUGAUAUGCCUCCACACACUACAUUGUACACCAAACAAUUUCAAGCUAUAUAGAGGCUGAGUGAUAGUAAUUUGACCAACCUCUUACAGGGUUUGCAUGCACCUUGGAAGUCCUUGAAUUUUAAAAUAUAAAUUUAAGGCCUUGAAAGUCCUUGAAUUUUGGUGCUAACUUUACCCAACCCAAAGGAAAAGGAGCAAACACAGAAAGACGUUCAGGAUAAAGUUGCUCAUGUUGUGGAUUUAGAACUAAAAAAGACAUAGACUCAAGGCUUUAUUUUGCAUUGAAGGGAGUCCUUGAAAAGUGGGAAAUGUGUCCUUGAAAGUUCUCAAAAAAGUGCUUGAAUUUUUUGUUAAAAAAGGGUACGAUCCUGUUCUUAUUAAAUUUUGUGUCAAAGAAGUCUACCAAACUGAGAAAAUUGCAAGGCAAAUACUAAAGUGACCAUACGAAAAUCAUUUACCUCCUAGAGUGAUCUUUAAUGUUAAGUUUUUCAAAGCAGAUUAAUUGUGAUUAUAUUUCAGUGGAAAGUGUGAUGGUAGGGCUAUCACUAGGCAAUACACACCAAUAUCUCCAACACAUUGCUCAGGUUUCUUUGAUGUACUCAUCAAGGUAUGUGUUUUUGCUUUUGUAAGAUUUCUGUUUUUUGCGAGCUAUAACACAAGUGUAGAUUUCUAAGAAUCAGUUUCCGCAGUUUAUAUGUGUUGAAAUAGUAACAGUCCACUUUCAAAAUUAACAAAAAAAAGCUACAGAGGUUAAAUAUCAUACCUCAUGGGCUGCUCAUUACAUAAGUGCAUGCUUAAGCCAAUUUAGAACAAUUAAAGAGGGCUCUUGUCUUUAUUUUGUCUUAAGUAGUCCUCACUGGAAGAGUUUUUGUUUGCCAUUAUUUUAACCUUUGAACUGCUGAGUUUAACUACCGUAGAGUACCAUCAUCGUACUGUACUUAAGAGUAAUUGCACCAUGGUGUUUGAAGUAGAGUCUCCACUCUGGCUCUGAUUGGAAAUUCACAGUUGAAAUGGCCAUAGUUUAUGUGGUAAUUUGGAAUUCUUUCCACGCAUUUUUAUUAAUUAAAUUUUUCUGAGUCGUAAAGUUCGUUUAUGAUUGUUAGUUGCUACAUAUAACACUUUAAUUCUUUGCAUAAAAAAAUAACUGCUUGUCUUCCAUAUUUCAGGUAUAUUUAGGUGGUAAGAUGUCGAGUUAUGUCAAAACGUUACAAGAAGGAGACAAGGUUGAAUGGAGAGGACCAUUUGGAAGAUUUUUGUACAGACCAAAUCAGGUAUUUCAGUUUCUUCUAAAUCCAAAUCUAAAUCUAAAUUAUUACUGUAUAAUCUCCUAUAUGGGAUGUGAAGUUACAGGAAUGAUCAUAGUGGUAUUUAUGCCAAAUAUCACGUACAAAUCAUGCUAUUAUUUGUUUGUACUACUACCCACAAAAGGUUUGUAAUUUUCACAUGUGGGUAUUUCAAAUUAAGCUGAAAUACCACUGCUCUAAGCCAAUCAAAUUGCAGAAAUUUCUCAUGUAGUGGUAUAAGACAUAGUAGUGACAAGAGCUUAAAUUCUCAGUUAUGUUCAGCUUGAGAUAGCACUGCAUUAAGUCAAAGGUAAUGAGUUUUAUUCUGGGAUUGUACGAGGGAAAAAGAAAGAUCUAUAACAAGUUUAUUUGAUUUCAGAUGACGAAAUGACAGAUAAGAAUCAAACCGUACGAAAUUGUAAUCAGAAUUUUUUAUUAAAGUCUAACGGAAUUUUACGCAGAAUCUUGUAAAUUCUUACCAAAUCGUAUCAAGAAUCUUAUCACAGUUCACAAAAUGUUACCCAAAAUCUUAUUGAAAUCUUACGAAAUCAUUCCCAGACUCUUAUAAAAUCUCACGAAGUCUUACCAAAUCUUUCCCAGAAUCAUAUAAAAUUCUACGUAAUCUUUCCUAGAAUCUUAUGAAAACUUACGAAAACUUAAGAAUCUUAUAAAAGUUCACACAAAAUCUUAUAAAAAUCUUACGGAAUCUUACCCGGAAUCUCCAAAGAUCUUACGAAAUCAUUCCGAGAGUCUUAAAAAAUCUCACAGUCUUACCAAAUCUUUCCCAGCCAAGGCCAGGCCGGCCAAGACCAAGGCUUCCGUAUACCGUAUUUAUUCAAUUAACCUCCCUGGGCGCUUAUUAAAUUUUUGGACCUUGAGAGUGGGCGCUUAUUCGAGGUGGGCGCUUGUUCGAGGCUGGGCGUUUAUUAAAUUUUCACCGUUUUCAGCAAGUGUAGUAUGUUUAUUUUGCAACAAAACAGUAAAUGGUCAUAACGAAACGUGAAGAUGUAACAAAGCAAGGUUUUUGUAAACUACCCCUACUCUGAAGAAAACUCUGUCUUCGGGAAAGUCUGUUUAUAUCAGUACUUAUUUAAUUUCAAUCUCAUUGUAACCCACAUGGGUGGGGUGGGCUGGGCGCUUAUUCGAGGCUGGGCGCUUAUUAACUUUUUUUGCCUUUAGGAUGGGCGCUUAUUCGAGGUGGGCGCUAAUUCGAGGUUGGGCGCUUAUUCGAAUAAAUACGGUAGUCUACCCAGCCAAAUAUUAUUUUGAGAGCUUUCCGCUGUAGAGCUUUCCGCUGAAAUCUUUCUUAGAAUCUUAUGAAAACUUACAAAAUCUUACUCAGAAUCUUAAAAGAAUCUUACGAAAUUAUACCCAGAAUUGUACAAAAUCUUUCGAAAUCUUAACCAGAACCUUAUACAGUCUUACAAAAUCUUACUGUUAUGAUAUCUUACCUAUAUGGUGUAAAAAUCCAAAAAAUACCUAACCGAGAAUGCUGUUAAUUCUUCUGAGUUCUCACCCAGAAUCGUGUAAAGUCUUGUGGAAUCUUUCACGAAACACAUUAAGUCUUUGGAAGAAACAGAAGUAAAAUCUUACGAAAUCUUACGUGGAAUCUUACGCAGACUUUAACAAAAACCUAGGAUACUUUCAAGGGAAUACCAAGCUGCGAAAUGCAGAAUCUUCCAAUAUUGCGUUAAUACUACUUGUUGUUCUGUCGGAAUACUACGCAGUCUCGUGUUCACUCUUGCAGGAUUUGGUUGUGCCAGCCAUGUAGUGGACAUGUCUUUAAUAAAAAUGGCGAAAACCACUUUUACUCUCAAUUCCGUCAGCUUAUUUGUUAACCGGACGCUCUCUGUUUUGUAAAAUUUAAAGAGGUGCUCUCUCUGUUAUUUUAUUUUCAGUACCGUCGAAUUGGCAUGUUAGCAGCAGGAACUGGAAUUGCCCCAAUGCUUCAAGUGAUUCAAGGAAUUGUGGACAAUGAGGGGGAUGAAACGUUUAUCCACUUGGUCUACUCAAGUCGAACAUACGAAGAUAUUCUAAUGAAGGAAGACCUUGAUAACAUGACGGCUUACUGGAACUUUUCAGUGCUGUACGUAAUAAGCAAGGUGUGUUGUAUGCUUUAUUUCUGAUGUAUUGAUAAGGAGUAACUCAUGGCAAUCGUUUUGGUAACGAACUGAUACCAUCUUUUGAAAGAAUAUUUUGAAGUAUUAUGUUUUACGGUGUAGGCUCAACAGAUUCUCCGAAAAUCUGUCUGUGUUUAGUGCAUGCAUCAAGCUAUUUUAGGGAUAGGAGAAAUUGACGGGCUAUAAUGUAUGUAUCUUUGUUUAAUGCGAUGGAUGUAGUUUUGACACUGUGCAGUUCUUAAAUAACCACAUAACAGUAAAGAAAGCCCACGACACGAAUGAGAAUUGUGAAUGAUGGAGAUAAAUAAUUCCGCUUGCUUCUAUGACAGCGGAUUUGUGGUGACGGAAAGGUGCUAAGGACAUUUUUGGGUUUUGAAGUUUAUCGAUUUUAGGACUUUUACGGGUAUAUUUAAGGGUGUUAGGAAAGGCUAGAUUUGCGGUAAAACGCUGUCUUGAAGUUUGGUAACGAACAUGUAGUACUAGAACAUUCGUUGUUUUAAAAAGCUUUUGUUUGUUUGUUCAUGUUUUUUUUUCUUUGGAAGGAGGGGUGGAGGCUAGUAGUUAAUUUGGGAUCAGGACUUUUCUGGUUUUAACUCCCUCGCUUUUAUUCACGACCCGUUCGCUCCUUCCCGUUAUCACCAAUCCGGAAAACUGCUCCCACGGAGGGUCUUUAGAUGUCAAACGUAUGUCGUAGCUAUCUUGUUGCAUUUACCCUGUAAGUCAGACGUCAUGAAUGAAAAUCAUCUCUCAGACCACAAACAGAAACAAAGGGCAUGUGAUUGGUUUGUGUGCAUUCAUUGGAUGUUAGGAACGCACUUUGAUCUCAUCUGGACUUCUUUUCAGGGAAGUGAUUCUGACCAAUCAAAAGUAAAGUAUGGAGAUCACGUGUCUUACGGCAGAAUCAACCAAGAGCUCGUAUCACGUGAGAUGCCUGGAGCGUCAAGCGAUGUUCAGGUGCUGAUCUGUGGAACCAAGUCCUUUGACAAGGACAUGAUAAAGUACCUCAAAGUCUUGGGUUACACCUCCGAUAUGUAUUUUAAAUUUUAG